CCGUCUGCUCCGCCCGCCGUCCAGGUGAGUCCAGGUGCUGCUGGACCAGGAAGCUCCAGCGCUGAGGGGCCUUCAGCUCGGCUCAGGUGAAGGUGACCUCAGCGCUCACCCAGGAAUCGCUCCUUUCCACUGGGACGCAUUAGGAAAUUACCCAGGUCACCCACAGACUGCCGGCAUGCAGAGAGAUGACAUAGUUUCCUGCUGCAUCAGGGGAAAUCGAUCUGAGCAUGCGCAGACCAUUCCGGUUAGUUUGGAGGAAGUUUUGGAUCGGCUGCAUCCUGCUGAAGUUUCUCCGCCUUGGUUUCGUCUCUGGAUUGAAGUUGGAUUUAAACUUUCUCGCAGGAAUGACUAACCCGUCAGACCUGGAGCAGCUGGCAGAAAUAGAGCUGCAGAAAGGGGAAGAGGAGGAUGAGGAAGAGCAGAGGGCGGUUCCUGACGGCCCCAGCAGAACCGAUCCGUCCCAUCCGUACUACGAUGUGGCUCGACACGGAAUCAUCCAGGUGUCAGGAGACGAUAACUACGGCAGGAAGCUGAUCGUCUUCAGCAGCUGCUGCCUGCCGCCGUCUCACCAGCUCAACCACCGCCGCCUCCUCGAGUACCUGAAGUUCACGCUGGACCAGUACGUGGAGAUGGACUACAUACUGGUUUACUUCCACUACGGCCUCAGGAGCAGCAACAAGCCGUCGCUCAGGUGGCUGCGUGAAGCCUACGGCGAGUUUGACCGGAAAUACAAGAAGAACCUGAAGACGCUCUACGUCGUCCAUCCAACUAACUUCAUCCGGAUCGUUUGGAACAUCUUCAAACCUCUGAUCAGUCACAAGUUUGGGAAGAAGCUGAAGUAUGUGAACUACCUGGUGGAGCUGCGGGAACACCUGAACUACGACCAGCUCUUCAUCCCUGCAGACGUCCUGAGGCAUGACGAGAAGCUGCGGGCGGCUCAGAAAGGCGGACCGCCCCCGCCUGUGAAGACGCCGCCUCCCCGGCCGCCGCUGCCCACGCAGCAAUUCGGCGUCAGCCUGCAGUACAUCAGGGAGAAAAACCGCGAGGCGAUCAUCCCACCUGUCAUGGCUCAGACUGUGGCCUACCUGAAGGAGAAAGGUCUGAGGACAGAGGGGAUCUUCAGGCGUUCGGUUCGGGUUCAGACCAUCAAGGAAGUCCAGAAACUCUACAACCAGGGUAAGCCAGUGAACUUUGACCUCUACCAGGACGUCCACAUUGCCGCGGUGAUCCUGAAGACGUUCCUCAGAGAGCUUCCCGAGCCGCUGCUCACCUUCCGGGUCUACAGCCAGGUUCUGGAGCUCCUGGGUGUGGAGAGCAGCCUUCGCGCCACCAGGUGCAAGCAGAUCGUAGAAAGUCUUCCUGAACACAACUUCAUCGUGUUGAAGUUCCUGCUCUGCUUCCUGAACAUGGUGUCCCAGGAGAGCCUCAGCAACAAGAUGAGCGCCUCCAACCUGGCGUGCGUCUUCGGCGUGAACCUGGUCUGGCCUCGUCACGGCUCCAUCUCGCUCAGCGCGCUGACGCCCAUCAACAUUUUCACAGAGAUCCUCGUUGAACACUUCGCCGCCGUGUUCGGCUCCCGCUGCCCGCCUGCUCAGGUAACCCCGUGACCCCACAGCUGAGGGAGCCUGAAAGGUCAAGCUGAAGAUCUGUUACACUACCAGCACACUAAAAAAACUAGUAAUAAUAAAGCAAUAUGAUUUUUUGUUUUAUCUUUUGUACAGAAUAUAUUUAACGUGUGAAUAAAACCCAAAGUUGUCAAAUAA